AUGAAUGGUGCCGGCAGCCCAUACGGCCAGCCUCCGGCUUGGCAGGAACAUCGCACGCCCGACGGCCGAGCCUACUACUACAACGCAGCUACCAAGGUCACACAAUGGACCAAGCCCGAGGAUAUGAUGACUCCGGCUGAGGUAUGGAUUGACCUUAGAGCCCUCGCCAACCAGCCGUGGAAGGAGUACACCGCCGAAGGCGGUCGCAAGUAUUGGUACAACACGGAGACCAAGACGAGCUCUUGGGAGAUGCCUGAUUUGUACAAAAAGGCUCUGGGCGCCACCAGUGGCCCAAGUACGCCUGCGUACGGAUGCUCUGACCCUCAAUUCCCUUCGUCGACUGACAGCAAUAGGCCUGCGCCGUACGAUCGAGGAGCACCUUCUGACAGGUAUUCCAAUGACCGCUACGAUUCUUACCGCGACCAUCGCGAUACCUUCCACGAGUCGCGCCAGUUGACGUUUGGUAACGACACGACAGCUAAAGCAUUUGUCCCCGCGAGCAACGAGCCCGAGUUCGCCACACAGGAAGAGGCCGAAGCUGCGUUCAACAAGCUGCUCAAGCGCAGUGGCGUACAGGCUGACUGGACCUGGGAGCAGACGCUGCGAACUAUCGCCAAGGAUCCGCAAUACAGGGCAAUUAAGGACCCGAAGGACCGAAAAGCAGCUUUCGAGAAGUACUGCCAUGACAUGAUCGUUCAAGACAAGGAGCGCGCAAAGGAGAGACUGACCAAGCUGCGUACUGACUUCGAGACCAUGCUCAAGCGCCACCCCGAGAUCAAGCAUUACACCAGGUGGAAGACGGCACGGCCCAUGAUCGAGGGCGAGACUAUCUUCAGGUCUACAGACAACGAGGCCGAGCGCCGCCAGCUCUUCGAGGAGUACAUCAUUGAGCUUAAGAAGGCCCACAUGGAGAACCAGGCAGCGAUGCGCAAGACCGCUAUGGACGGGCUGAUCGAUCUCCUGCCGAAGCUCAACUUGGAGCCCUACACGCGCUGGUCCGACGCGCAAAGUCUCAUUUCAUCCACGACGCCCUUCCAAAAUGAUGAGAAGUACAAAACCCUGAGCAAGUUUGACAUAUUGAUCGCGUUCCAAAACCACAUGAAGGCUUUGGAGCGCGCUUUCAACGACUCUAAGCAGGAGCAGAAGAACAAAAAGUUCCGCAAGGAGCGCAAGGCUCGCGACGGCUUCCUCUCUCUCCUUACUGAGCUCAGGAAAGACGGCAAGAUCAACGCCAGCACAAAAUGGCGUCAGAUUUUCCCCCUCAUCGAGAAUGACGACCGGUACAAGGCCAUGCUUGGCCAGGGCGGCUCGGGCCCGCAAGAACUCUUUUGGGACCUCGUCGAAGAAGAGGAGAAAGCGAUGCGCGGCGCCAGAAAUGAUGUGUACGAUGUCAUUGACGACGAACGAUUUGAUAUCACCCCCCAGACCACGUUUGAGGAGUUCUAUGCCGUUAUGAAGAAGAGUCGACGUACUGCUAACAUUGAUCGCGAUAUCCUUUUGGUUCUCUUUGAACGCGCCAAGGAGAAAAGGUCCCUGAAGCGAUCGGACGACGAGAGACAGUCUGAACGUCAGCAGCGAAGGGCAACUGAUGAUCUUAGGGCCUACUUGAAGCGUAUGGAUCCCCCUAUUACCCUGGAUGACACGUACGAGAAGGUCAAGGCCCGCCUUGUGGACACACCCGCGUUCCAGGCUGUCACUUCGGAAGAUGCUCGCAUCGCCACCUUUGAUAGAUACGUUAGAAGACUUCGCGAGAAGGAGGAAGAGGCCGACCGCGAUCGUCGGCGCAGACGUGGCCGCGACUCCAGCGAACGCGACCUGUAUCGCGAGAGACCCCGGUCUAGAGGUGAGCGAUCACAUCGUAGCAGUGGCCGUGCUACUAGGCGAAGUCGUAGUCCGGAGCCAGACGCAUAUGAGGCGGACAGACGCAAAGCCAUUGCCGAGCGCGAGCGUAACCACCGUAAAUCGACGAUGGCCGAGAGCUUGCUCUCCGUGGACCGGGAACGCCGUUUGUCACCUCCCCAUCGGCGUGAGAGGGAGCGGGAGCGCGACAGAGACCGCGAACGCGAGCGCGAGCGCGAGCGCGAUCGCGACCGUGACUAUGAUCGUCAUCGCUCUCGUCGCGACGACGACGGUCACUAUGAACGCGAGCGACGGGACAGGGAGGAAGAGCGAGAGAGACUUUACCGACGCCGCAUGGGGUCCUAUGACGAGCUCCCUUAUGGGGAUGAGCGCCCGUCUGGAUCGCGGCGCCGUCGCGAGGAGGACGAGGAUGACCGACGGGAUUCCAGAGACUCAAAGAACAGGACUCCGCCGCCGGCCGCCGCACCCACUGCUGCUGCCCCCAAGGACAAGGAACCGACGACGGUCAAGGACACUGCAAAGGAGAAGGAAACGGAAAAGGAGAAGGAGAAGGAGGACCCCGCUGGUGUCCACUCGGGAUCUGAAGAAGGCGAAAUCGAGGAGGACUGA